UACCGGCAUUCUCUCUAUCAUAUGGGACAUAUUUAUCUGUGUGCAAACUCAUUCAGUUUCAUUCAGUGAAUAUUUCCAUUAAACUACUCCACUCGACACGUGUAUUUUGCAGUAUAAUAAUAAAAAUAAUAAAAUAUUAGUUAAUAACAAAUUAUGAGUGGACCACCAGCCAAAAAGCAAAGAUUCCAAAACAAGAAGAAAUUCUAUCAGCCUAGUAAAAAACAGUAUCUGGAAGUUGGACACAAGGGCUUUUUGGCAACAUGUAACUUUAACGAAAAGGAUUGUGUGAGAGAAUGUUACAACAUUCUGAACCAAUAUGCUGAUGAAUUGUAUGGAGAGGAAUCGUGUGAGGAGUUGAAGGCGAAUGAUCAAGUACAAGAAGAUGCUAAAACGGAACAACCUGAAUCCGAUGAUAUUGCAGAUGCACUACAAAAACAAAUUGAUGCCACACAGCAAAAGGCCAAACAGACCAAAAGACGUUUUCAAGUUGUUGAUACAGGUGCAACGAACUGUGUUUUUAUAAAAACAACAUUAGCGGAUCCCACAGCUAUGACAAAACAUAUCGUUAAGGAUAUAGCAGAAACUAAAAAGCAAAAGACUCGAUAUCUGUUGCGCCUAUUACCCGUUGAAAUUGUUUGCAAGGCCAAUAACAAGGAUAUUGUCGAUAGUGCCGGUCAAUUAUGCGACAAAUAUUUCCUCAAUGAGCCAACAACGUUCUCCAUAGUAUUCAAUAAACGUUUUAACAACGACAUCAGUAGAGAUACGUUAAUCAAAGAAUUGGCAGAUAUCAUACAUGCGAAAAAUGUCAAGCAUAAGGUUGAUUUGAAAUAUGCCAAAAAGUCACUUAUCGUGGAAGUCAUUAAAGGUCUUUGCUGCCUAUCAGUGGCAGAAGAUUAUAUGGGCAUGAAGAAGUACAAUUUAGUCGAAUUGGGUAGACAUAAUGCAGACUAUGAUGGAAAAUCUGAUAAAUUGCCAUCGAAAGAGUCCAAUGAAGACAAAAAAGAAGUGGAGGAAAAGAGUGGUAGUGAUACAAAAGUUGACAACAUAAAAGAGAGUUGUGAUGAAACAAAAGAUGAAUGUGAAAAUAAAAAUUAGUUUCACGAAAUGAAAUACCUA